AUGAUCUCAAAGAGAAUGAAAUGGGUAACACGUGAGGUGUAUGAAUACCUAUAUAUGUCAUCAUCAUCAAAUCAAGUAUACUUUGAAAGACAAAAGUUAAAAUUAUGUGGACUUCAUACUAUUAAUAAUCUUUUACAACGUAAAGCAUAUACACAAAGUGAUUUAGAUAGUAUAUCAUAUGAAAUAGAUGUUUCAGGUAGACUGAUUAAUCCACAUAAAAGUGUUUUUGGAUGGGGAAAUUAUGAUGCAAAUGUAUUGGUUGUAGCAUUGGGUAGAUUAGGAUAUGAAGUUAAAUGGUUUGAUAAAAGAUUACCAAUUGAUAAUAUUAAUUUUAAUGAAAUAUAUGGAUUGAUUGUAAAUACAAAAACAACAAAGUUUCUUGGAUUAUGGAACUCUAGGCAUUGGUUUGCAAUCAAAAAUAUGAAAAUGAAUGAUAAUGAUAACAAUAAUAGUAUAGACAACAACAAUAACAACAAAAAUCAAAUUCAAUGUGAAUAUAGUAUAUUCAAUUCAGAGUGUUACCAUCCUGAACAAUUGAAUUCAUUUGAUAAAUUAAAAACAUUCUUGGAACCAGUAUUAAAUGACAAGGCUGGUGAAUUAUUACUUGUAUAUAAUAAUAAUAAUAAUAAUAAUAAUAAUAAUAAUAAUAAUAAUAAUAAUAAUAAUAAUACUGAUGAAAUAUUCAACGUCGUCCACAUCUACAACGAGUACCUCUACAACAAGUACCUCAUCCAAAAGGGUUCACCAAAAAGACCGAUAGUUGUUGACUUGGCAGAUGGUUCGACAGAUGGCUUGGAUGACUUGGAUGACUUGGUUCUCUUUAGAAAUCUCUUUAACUCCUCCAUUGGCCAAGUCGUCUACCAAACAGAUUUAUCGUGA